UCCUCAUCAGCAGUUUGAUUGAGGGCGGUGGGGGCAGGGAUCAAACGAGCCGCGUCUCCAAGUGUGUGUGUGUAUGUGUAUGUGUGUGUGUGUGUGACUGCUGCGUUGAGGCAACCCGCACAGAGCAGAGGGAAAACUAGCUUAGCUGAAACCAAAAAAAAACAAAAGAGCUAAACAUGGCUGGUGGGAGCUCCCUGGAAGCUGUGAAGAAGAAAAUCAAGUCGUUGCAGGAGCAGGCCGAUGCGGCGGAGGACCGGGCGGCGUCAGUACAGCGGGAACUGAACCAGGAGAGGAGCGCGAGGGAAGCUGCUGAGGGCGAUGUAGCUUCCCUGAACAGACGUAUCCAGCUGGUUGAGGAGGAGUUGGACCGUGCUCAGGAGCGUCUGGCCACAGCUCUUACCAAGCUGGAGGAGGCUGAAAAGGCUGCUGAUGAGAGCGAGAGAGGCAUGAAGGUUAUUGAGAACAGAGCGAUGAAAGACGAGGAAAAGAUGGAGCUGCAGGAGAUCCAGUUGAAGGAGGCCAAACACAUUGCAGAGGAGGCUGACCGCAAAUACGAGGAGGUGGCCCGUAAACUGGUCAUCAUUGAGAGCGACUUGGAACGUACAGAGGAGCGCGCUGAGCUCUCUGAGAGCAAAUGCUCUGAGCUGGACGAGGAGCUGAAAACGGUGCAGAACAACCUGAAGUCUCUGGAGGCUCAGGCAGAGAAGUACUCACAAAAGGAGGACAAGUACGAGGAGGAGAUCAAGGUUCUCACAGACAAGUUGAAGGAGGCUGAGACUCGUGCUGAGUUCGCGGAGAGAUCAGUCGCCAAGCUGGAGAAGACCAUCGAUGACCUUGAGGACCAUCUAUACAAGCAGCUUGAGAAAAACCGACUUCUCACCAAUGAACUGAGAGUUGCCCUAAAUGAGGCUUAAACUGGGAGGGCUUCUCGUACGCUUUCUUCCUUCUCAAACUCCAACAGUCAGGCAGGUUGUCUAAUGCUGUGCUAUAUAAGAGUGUAGACAAUUAUGUCUUUGACACAAAGGUUCAACCAAGAAAUGCUUCCAGUAAGCAGGAGUACUUGAGUAAGGUUUUCACAUUAUGCAUGAUCACAGUCUGAGGUAGGAGGUCACACAACCUUAUGUUCACAAACGUUGCUAAAUGAACGUGAUAUAUUUCCUCGGUUAUCCACGGGGCUGUAGCACACGAGAUCAGGAGAAGUCUGCUUGGUGUUGUUGCUAAAGCGAUAGAGGUUGGUACUGGUGCUAGUGCCCCCCCUCCCCCCCUCUGUAAAGAUAAAAGGUUAAACAGAAAUAAUUAAGUUUUGACUUAAAUGCACACGAAGCAACGAUUUCAGCUUUUAGCACGGAUAAGCGAUUGAACUUGUUUUUUUAUUUAUUUUGAUGCUUGAGUUUUGAGUCUAGUCCUGUUCCAGGGCUAAUGAGCACGAGUACAUUCAACAGACUAGAGACCACGAUCUCUGAGUUUAAAAGAGUAUGAACACUUCCUUCCUCUAUUCACUUUAAUCUGAAAAGUGUUACUGGAAGAGGGAGUGUGCUUUGUUGUGUAGCAGCAGGGAUGCAGUACUGAUCAUUGGUACAUAGGAAGAGAACUGGCAACAUAUCUAUAUAGCCCGAGUAGCAGUUAGAAAUAUAUCUCUAUAGUCAUUUAUGAUGGGAAAGAAUGUCUAACAGGCCUAUUAAACAACAGAACUGCCCAUGUGAACCACUGCAAUGCUACAUUUUAUGGAAAACUGUCAGUCGGUACAGCAUUUGUGAAAAAUUAAAUAGAGCUUUUGUGUUAAAUUCAAACAAAGGGUCGAUUUUAAAAGGGCAUGUAUGUGUUACUAAUAACAAAAAUAAUUGCCGUCUUAAGGUUUGAUUAUUAUUUUAUUUUUUUGUAUGUCCAGAAAUCUCUUGGAGAGGUUGCUCAGACUUGAUACUGUAUGAUGACAUGAGCUUAAUUUCAAUCUAUUGAUGAACCACAGAGGGGAAAACAGCCACUAUACUGUCUUAAACCCAGCUCCUGCAGCCGUGACCACAGCCCUGUUGAUAGCUUGGGUGUUAUUUCCAGAGAAUACACAAAGAGUUUUGAAGUUGAGGAAAUGUAUUUGGUUAAUGAAUGCUUGUUUCUUUUUUCGAUAGAAGAUGUAAGGGGUCAAAUGUCUCUGACUCAGAAGGUGGAUAACAAUAUGUAGCACAUGUCUGACGCUGUUUGUUAUCUCAAGCCACGGCUUUGUCUGUUUCUAUUUAUGUUUGUGUUUUACAUUUUUAACCAAUGCAAUGCUAUAUUAACAGAUAAACUCACACGCACUAAAGAAGAGGGCCUGAGCGUAAAGCAGAUGGAUCGGACUCUAAUGGAGAUAGUUAACCUUUGACCCGCUCUGUCCCCCCUCCCCACAUUGCACCCUACUCAGCUCUGAAUAUGGCUGACUUUCUCAUAAGGCUGCUAAAGUGAUGUUAGGACAUACCUUUAGGUGUGUCGUCUGAUCUUGUCAUCCUGAAGAAACAAGCUGAUACAAACUGCUUCAGUGAGCUGAGGUUACACCACAGUCUGUCACACACUGUUAUUAAAGAUGUACAAAACAUUUAACUGACAAUAAGUUUACAUUUACAUCAAUUUGCACAUUUUUUGGGGGUGCACAUAAUCAGCGUGAACAAAGCCAUUUGCAAAGCCAAUGUUAUAUAAAAGGGACUUUUAUUACGUGCUUUUGUAAAGUUGCUUGUCUGUCUUUGUUCUUUCUGCAUUGUAAGCAUUUAUUCUUGGUCUGUGAUGUAAACUGUCAGCUAAACAAGGAGGGACUUGUUCAUGCAUUUGCUUUAACGUGCGGUUUUGUUCAGCCAAGUGAAAAAUGUUUGUGCACUGUACUAACUUCUCUGAUCAUCAUGGGGAACUGAUUUCUUGUCUGUUUUUUUGUGUUUCUUAUUUUAUAUUGGAAAUGUAAAGAUAAUGAAUAAAUGGUUGGAUCAAGUAUCA